AAAGUAAAAACAAAAGCAAACCCAACACACUAGGACAACAAACUGAGAAACCAAAGCACUAUAUAUAACCCAAUGCUCAAGUUGAAUUGAACUCCACACAUACACCAAGAGAUCCAAUCAGAACAAAGAGAACAGAAGAUGAAGAUUACUGUAAUGACUGAAGAUGAACAGAUCAUUACCUUAGAUGUUGAUCCCCAUGAAACCGUUGAAAACGUUAAAGCUCUGCUCGAAGUUGAGACCCGGGUGUCGCUUAGGCAACAACAGCUGCUGUAUAAUGGGAAGGAAAUGGGGAAUGCUGAGAAACUGAGUGCAUUGGGUGUUAAAGACCAGGAUUUGGUUAUGAUGGUCUCUAAUGCUACAUCUAGUACCCCUGCCAAUACCUUGGGCUUCAAUCCCGAUGGUUCUGCUGUGAACCCUGCAGCUUUCCAGCAGCACGUACGGAAUGACUCUAAUAUGAUGACACAACUGUUUCAGGCCGAUCCUGAAUUGGCACAAGUCGUCCUUGGAAAUGAUCUCAACAAACUGCAGGAGCUAUUGAGAGAGAGACACCGUCAAAGAUCUAUAUUUCGACGUCAACAAGAUGAGGAGCUUGAACUUCUUUAUGCGGAUCCUUUUGAUGUUGAAGCACAAAAGAAAAUUGAAGCUGCCAUUCGCCAGAAAGGAAUUGAUGAUAACUGGGCAGCUGCCUUGGAACAUAACCCUGAGGGUUUUGCAAGAGUGGUUAUGUUGUACGUUGACAUGGAGGUUAAUGGUGUUCCUUUGAAGGCAUUUGUAGAUAGCGGUGCACAGUCAACAAUUAUAUCAAAAAGCUGUGCAGAACGUUGUGGAUUGCUAAGGCUUUUAGAUCAACGUUACAAAGGCGUGGCUCUUGGAGUUGGUCAGUCUGAGAUUCUUGGUCGAAUUCAUGUGGCCCCAAUCAAGAUUGGGAAUAUAUUCUACCCCUGUUCGUUUGUGGUACUGGAUUCUCCCAACAUGGAAUUCCUCUUUGGGCUAGAUAUGCUUCGAAAGCACCAGUGUAUGAUUGACUUGAAGGACAAUGUUUUAAGAGUUGGUGGAGGGGAGGUAGCUGUACCAUUUUUGCAAGAGAAAGACAUUCCUCCUAGGUUUCUGGAUGAAGAGAAGUACUCCAAACAAGCAUCCAGCUCAGGAAUUGCAGCGACAUUAGGACAAACAGAUAAGAAAGAUAGUCUACCUGCAGGAGGCCAAUCUUCCGGUAUCACGCCUGGCACACCCAGUGAUGCAACACAGGGAGCUGAUUUUGAAGCUAAAGUUGCAAAGCUUGUUGAACUAGGUUUCGGAAGAGCUGCAGUAAUACAAGCACUCAAAUUUUUUGAUGGGAAUGAAGAGCAAGCAGCUGGGUUUCUCUUUGGAGGCUGAAUAAUCAUGGAAUUGUCAUUUAUAGAUUACAGUUUCUCAAAAAAUUUAAUUCCACAGUAUAAGAAAUUUAAACUGUGAUUGGAAUGACACAUUUCAUUUGAAAGUGUUUAUAUCUGCUAACAUUCUUUCAAUUCAAAUGAUAAGUUGAACUCAUUGGUGUUAA